GGGACUGGGAAACUCCGAACCCAAAGUACCGGCUAGAUCCAAGUUUGGUGAUGGUCUAAAAAUUGAGAGGGGAGCCAAGCAGGAGAUAGUGCGCAACCAAACAGAAUCCAAGAAUCCCAGAAACCGCUCACAUUUGAGAUGCGACCUGUUCAACGGCGGAUGGAUCGAUCAGGUUGGUCGGCCUACUGCAGGAACCGAUGCGGAGAGAAGGGUAGGGUUGCAGCCUUGGACCUUAGGGAGGGGAAGGGACUCGUCGGAAAACGUCUGGCGGCCGCCCGACCCUUGCGUGAUUCGUAUAUUUGUUGUCCGAGGAUGCGCCGCGGCACAACAGGGCUUCCAGAUGAACGCCGCUGUCAAAAACUUGACCCUCGAAAUCUGAUUUGCUUUCACUUUGAUUGGAUUGGUUAUGUUUUGGGUCUGGUAUUUCUUUUCCUUAUUAUGAUAAUUAUGAUUAAUUUUUUCCGGGUCGCCGGGGGGAGAAAUAUGACUGCCUAUGAUAGGGCUCGGUGUCAAUAAAGAGCUUUGAUUGCUAUUUUCUGCAAGCCUGCAAUCAUCGCGUUCGAUAGUUUGGGUCAGGUACG